AUGGAGUCCUUCAAAACAUUCUCGGAGGCUGCGGAUGGCAUCGAGCCGCUAAGCGAUCCUUCAAGAUCGGCCAGGCUUGAUCACACAACCAACGGCACAGUCAAGUCUGCACAAGGGCUACACCUCAGCUCGGACACAUCAGACGAUACGGCGGUGCUAGCACCGGUCACAGAGGAGGCCACAGAUCAAGCAUCACAGCCUGGGCCUGCUUCGCCUGUUUACCCUCAGCUUUCCAACAACGCCGUGGAGCAGCAAGUCAAUGGAAAAGACGAACCCGUCUAUGACGAAGAAGAGGAGCUUGACAUCAACAGAUCAUUCCAGAGGGCUCCGAGUCCCUCUCUGUCGGAUGUGCAUAGAAACAAGGAUGCCCUCGUCGGCGAUGCAGUGGAUGAAGGCGCGAUCAGAAUGCACAAGUUCACCUUACACGAGACUGUCAACAAUUACUACAUCUUGGGCACUGAUCUACUCGAUCAUCACUAUCGCAUCCUCAAAAUCGACAGAACAAGUGAUCCUGGUGAGCUCAACGUUACUGACGAUGAUGUGGUCUACAGCAAGAAGGAAGCCUAUGGAAUCAUGAACGCGGUGAAUGAAGGUAAUCAAGCGACUGGAGGUCUCAAGCUCAAAGCUAGCUUCUGGGGCUUGCUCGGCUUCAUCAAGUUCACUAGUCAGUACUACAUGAUAUAUGUCACGAAACGAAGUCAGGUUGCGCUGGUAGGCGGUCAUUAUAUCUACACGAUCGAAAAGACCGAAAUGAUUUCGCUUACUACAUACGCCGCCUCGAAGAUCAAAAGCGACAGGCACAUUGACGAAGCCCGAUACGUCAACAUUCUCAACAAUCUUGAUCUGACGAAGUCGUUCUACUUUAGCUAUUCGUACGACUGUACAAGGACUUUGCAGCACAACAUAAUGCGCGAAAGGGAAGCACUGCAAGAUGGCCUGUCGGAGCCAGCAGCCUGGGAUCAAAAUAGCAUGUUUGUGUGGAACGACCACCUUCUUUCACCCGCUCGAAAAGCCAUGAAGAAUCCAUACAAUUGGUGCCUCUCAAUCAUCCACGGCUACGUUGAUCAAGCUGCCCUGUCGGUCUACUGGGGUCGUGUUGUCUACGUGACCUUGAUAGCGAGACGUUCGCGCUACUUUGCUGGUGCAAGAUAUCUGAAAAGGGGCGCCAACGAUGAAGGCCACGUUGCCAAUGACGUCGAAACAGAGCAAAUUGUCUCAGAGAUGCUUACAACAUCGUUUCAUGCUCCUGGAGAAGGUCUGUUUGCCAAUCCGAACUACACUUCUUAUGUCCAGCAUAGAGGCAGCAUUCCGUUGCACUGGCUGCAAGACCCGAGCAGCGUGUCACCGAAGCCAGAUAUCCACCUUAGCGUGGCGGAUCCGUUCUUCAGCGCCACAGCCCUGCAUUUCGAUGAUAUGUUCGGACGAUAUGGCACGCCGAUAUACUGCUUGAACCUGAUCAAGCAGAAAGAGCGUAAUCCGCGGGAGACCAAGCUGUUUUCCGAGUACAAGACCGCGAUCGACUACCUAAACCAAUUCCUGCCUGAGGAUCGCAAGAUCAUGUACCGCGCCUGGGACAUGAGCAGAGCCCAGAAAAGUCGUGAUCAGGACGUCAUUGGAACGCUUGACUCGAUCGCCGACGAUAUCCUCCCUCGCACGAAUUUCUUCAGAAAUGGCAACGACGUUGAGUCAGGAUUGAAGCUUCAAAAUGGCGUUGUGCGCACGAACUGCAUCUACUGUCUAGACAGGACCAAUGCAGCCCAGUUCGUCAUUGCAAAGAAAGCGCUCGGGCAUCAGCUCCAGGCGCUUGGCGUGAUCGAAGACACAUCCAUGCAGUACGAUUCUGACGCUAUCAGUCUUUUUACUCACAUGUGGCAUGAUCACGGCGACACGAUCGCGGUACAGUACGGCGGCUCCCACCUCGUCAACACCAUGGCCACCUAUCGAAAGAUCAAUGCGUGGCAGUCUCAGUCUCGAGAUAUGGUCGAAUCUCUUCGGCGAUACGUGAACAACUCCUUCAUGGACUCCCAGAGACAAGAGGCGUACAACUUGUUUCUUGGGACAUACACAGUGGCCAGUGGGCGACCUAUGCUGUGGGACAUGUCAUCAGAUUAUUAUCUGCAUCACACUGAUCCAAGACUGAUGAUGGGUAGGAGACGGGCAUCAUAUCGCCAGUGGUUCACAGAAAGCAAUCUUCGCGAACCGUCGAUUCCACCAUCGAUCUGGCCUCAGAACUUCAAGAAUCGACCAGUCCAGUUCUUCGACGAUUUCUGGGUUGAGUACUACCGGCCACUUGCUCUGUCGACUUUCAACCGACUUCUUUCGAUCAAGAUGCACUCCAAUAUGCGCUACAUCCCAAUCGCACAAACGACGUCUGGCAAAUACGACCUUUCACCCUUCACAGUCCGUAAUGCUCCUGAGAAGGACGCAGCGAACAAAGAACCCACUUCUCGCAGCAAAGGCGUUAAGAUCGUCGUUCCGUCAGAAGCCACGUCUGUGGCAGACACCGCUUCCAUUGAUGCCCGUUUGGCCUUGCCAACGCCGGAGCCAGCUGCCAAAGCGCCAAAGCCAUCUACCCUAGGUCCGUGGCUUGACGCUCAGCAUCAAAUCCACGGCUCCAAUCACAGCCGCAGAUAUACGGGCAUCAUUAAGGAGACCUCGUUCGAUAACGUCGCCGUGUCGUUUCCGCGCGUACCGAAGCUCCCUAUGGGUUCUCAUUCAUUCAACUCUACUCCAGGAGCCGGCACAUCGACGACUGACACAGGCCUGACCGUCAAGGAGCAAGAGCGACUUGCCAAAGCCGAGUUGGCGACUCAGGCAUUUACGAGUCUGGUGGCAUCUUCCAUCCAUCCCACCGUCAAGCCCGCGGAGGAGAAUGAGUAUCAUCUCUACAUUACACACCCUUCCUCGAUCCCGCUUGUUGUUGAUGGAUUCGUCGACUACACCAAAGCGCCCUCCGAAUUCGUUGAGUACAUCUCUCGCUCUGGCCAGCUGUCCGACAGAGCGGUCAAGCAGUUUACUGAUGUCGAGAAUGAGAAAUACAUGAAUCCGGUGGAGACUUCGGGAAUAAUUCUGGACGAGAGGGCAGAGACGAGUCGGGAAGGGUACGAGGAGUUUGUCGACAGUGCGAUCAGAGACGAACCACUUACUGUCCUUGAGGAGGACGGUGGCAAGAAGAGGUAUAAGGCUUAUCGGCAGUGGUUGAGAGGAAAGAGUUUGUUCAAGCAGAGGUUGAUUGUUGGCGGAGAAGUUGUCUGA